UUGUUCUGUCCCUUUUCUGUAGUAAGAACAUACUUCAUUUUCAAAGUGCAUAAAAUAGGCGUAUUCAAACCCAAAGAUGAGGAACCAUAUGGACACUUGAAUCCCAAAUGGACUAAAUGGAUGCACAAGCAUUGCUGUCCCUGUUGUUUCGGCCGUUCGUGUCUGGUCCCAAAUCAAGGUUACCUCUCAGAAGCCGGUGCCAGUCUAGUCGAUCAGCGUCUCAGACUGAACAUUGUUCCCACUACCAAGGUAAUUCUUGAUUUUAAAAUGGUGGUAACUUCAUGCAAACUCAUACUCCGUAUUUAUUCACUUGAAGAACAUUAUUUCUUUAUGAUGUCUUACUAUAAGGAUCGAGGGCUUCACCAAAGUAAAUUCCAACAAACUUUGUCAAUGAAGGUCUUUAGCUUAGAAAGACCUCAGUUUAAUUGA